AUGAAAGCUAGGUGUAAGUACUGUCGUAAACCCCUUGGUGGGGAAACAAGUAAUGGAACUUCAAACCUGAGAAACCAUAUCAAAACAUGUAUCCAGAAGAGGAUACAUGAUGGUUCUCAAAAAAUACUUGGCCCCAACUAUCAACCUGGUGGAAAUCCUCAACUCUCUGCUGCUCAAUACAAUAAUGAGGUUUCUAGGAAGGAAUUUUGUUCAAUGAUUCUGGUGCAUGAGUACCCACUUAGCCUUGUUGAUCAUGUGGGUUUCAAACGUUUUUGUUGUUCUCUUCAACCUCAAUUUGCUGUCCCUAGUAGAAACACGGUGAAAAAGGAUAUUCUGGGUCUGUAUGGGGUUGAAAGGUCUAAAUAUCAGAACAUGAUUGAUGGAAACUUGGGCAGGAUUUCAGUGACUGCUGAUUUGUGGACUGCCACAAAUCAGAAAAUGGGGUAUAUGGCAGUAACUGGUCACUUUAUUGACAACUCUUGGAAGCUUCGUAACAUAAUGUUGAGGUUUAUGUAUGUUCCAGCCCCUCACACUAGUCAAAGGCUAGCUGAUAGGUUGUUUGAUUCACUUCUUGAUUGGAAUAUUGCUGGUAAGUUGUCCUCAAUCACACUAGACAACUGUACCACCAAUGAUUCAAUGAUAUUUCAUAUGCGGAAUAAUCUUGUGAGCAGUGAUCUGUUGCUUGAUGGUAAACUUAUUCAUAUGAGGUGUUCAGCUCAUAUUCUGAACUUGAUUGUGAGGGAUGGUUUGGAUGCAAUCAAAGAUGCUAUACAUUUGAUUAGGGAGAGUGUAGUUUACUGA